UGAUACACGUACGCAAAAGGCCCAGACGCGUACUAUUGGCCAUGAGUUAUGAGUAAAAAAUGAAGACAGUUGCGACAGUGUUUUGCUCUACGUGCCAGAAAUGCUGACGUCGGUUUGUGACGUGCGCCUUGCGCCUUGAAUCAAUCUUAUACGGGUUGGCGGGGCAAAAUGACCUAGCUUCGGCCCCUCCACGCGCUUGCCAACUUUGGAGAAAGCACUUUUCUACACGAUCUGAAUGCUGCGAUGCCGCUGAUCAUCGUGACCGGAUGGCCGACAUCAGGCAAGACGACUCGCUCGAAGCAGCUGCACGAAUACCUUGCGAAGCGCAUCGCUGACACCAAGUAUCGUCUGCACUUCAUUUCAGACGACAGCCUCUCGAUAUCGCGAAGCGUGUACGACCUCUCGCCUGACAAGGUCCCGGCUCAUGCGCGAUCAGCCAAUGCUUCGGAGAAGGAUGCCCGAGCUGCCAUAUACGGUGCCGUGAAGCGGGUGCUGAGCGACAAGGACAUCGUCAUCCUCGACGGGUUGAACUAUAUUAAAGGAUGGCGUUACCAGCUACAUUGCGAGGCCAAGGCAGUACGAACCCCAAGCUGCAUCCUGCAGAUUGGCUGCGCCAAGGACAAGGCCAAAGAGAUCAACGAGGAGAGGCUGAGCCGGAGAGAGGCUGGGCACAUCCCCGCUGAGGGCGAGCCUGAACCGUACGAACCAGGUAACUGGGAGAAUCUUGUUUUCCGACACGAGGAGCCGAAUCCUAUGACACGGUGGGAUAGCCCGCUCUUCGCUCUAGUGUGGGAUGACAACGAGGACCAAACAAGGGAGGUGUUUGAUACCUUGUGGGACUCGAUUGCCGGAGAGGGACGCAAGGUCGUCCGACCGAACCAGGCUACGUUGCAAAGGGGCCGAAAUGAGGGCGGUGACUAUCUCUACAUACUGGAUCGUGAGACACAAGACGUGGUCAAACGAAUAUUGGACCAGCAGGGUGACGAAGGUGGCGGCGAAGUCAAGGUACCAUUGAGCGCUGAAGGAAAGGAGGACCUUGUCGUACAUUUGCCGGCAGGUCAAAAGGUUGGCCUGCCCCAGUUGCAGAGGCUGAGGAGAGCUUUCGUUGGUCUGAAUCGGGGUGGUAUUGGCCUGGAAGCGGUGGGCAACAUGGCUAAUGACAGAUCAAGAGAAGCCUUUGUACGGCAUCUCAACAGUAGUUUCGAUCAAGAUGAAUGACACGCUAGCCAGCCACGAGUAUUUUCAUAGACACUUUUGAGAAGCGACUUGAUCACCUGUGAGACUUACGACUAUACGUAUUCCACCAUGCCCUCACUGUGACCCGUGGUGAGCUGUUUAUUAA